UCCGACAGCCGCCGGGUCGUGGGCUGGGGUCUCGGUGGCUCUUCCCCGCUGCCGCGAUCCGCGCGUGGGAGUCGCUGCCGCCGCCACCGGCCGCACGCCGUUCCCUCCGCUGCCCCGGGAGUGCGCCCGGCCUCCCCGCGAGGAGAGAGACGGGAGAUGCCCAAAAAAAAGACUGGUGCGCGGAAGAAGGCAGAGAACCGCCGGGAACGUGAGAAGCAACUGCGAGCAUCGAGGAGCACCAUCGAUUUGGCCAAACACCCUUGCAAUGCCUCCAUGGAAUGUGACAAGUGUCAGAGGCGGCAGAAGAAUAGAGCGUUUUGCUAUUUUUGUAAUUCUGUCCAGAAGCUACCUAUUUGCGCGCAGUGUGGGAAGACAAAGUGCAUGAUGAAGUCCUCGGACUGUGUCAUCAAGCACGCUGGGGUGUACAGCACCGGCCUGGCCAUGGUGGGCGCAAUCUGUGACUUCUGUGAAGCGUGGGUCUGCCACGGCAGGAAGUGCCUCAGCACCCACGCCUGCACCUGCCCUCUGACCGAUGCCGAGUGCGCGGAGUGUGAGCGAGGCGUCUGGGACCACGGAGGCAGGAUAUUCAGUUGUUCGUUUUGUCAUAACUUCCUGUGUGAAGACGACCAGUUUGAACAUCAGGCCAGUUGCCAGGUUUUAGAAGCGGAAACAUUUAAAUGUGUCUCGUGCAACCGGCUGGGCCAGCACUCCUGCCUCCGUUGUAAGGCUUGUUUCUGUGAUGAACAUACAAGGAGCAAGGUAUUUAAGCAGGAGAAAGGGAAGCGGCCUCCCUGCCCUAAAUGUGGGCAUGAGACGCAGGAGACCAAGGACCUCAGCAUGUCAACGCGCUCCCUCAAGUUCGGCAGGCAGACUGGCGGUGAAGAGGGAGAUGGAGCUUCCGGGUACGACGCCUACUGGAAGAACCUUCCAUCUGAUAAGUAUGGUGACACCACCAGCUACCACGAAGAGGAGGAGGAGGAGUAUGAAGCAGAGGACGAUGAGGAAGAAGACGAUGAAGGCGGGAAGGAUCCGGACACGGAGUCAUCAGAUUUGUUCACUAAUUUGAAUUUAGGAAGGACCUAUGCCCACGGCUACGCCCACUACGAGGAGCAGGAGGACUAGGGGGCCCCGGCUCGCUGGUCCCUCCCCUGAGGGGAGCUGGGCUGUCCCCAAAUAGUCACAUCCCUGUGAGAGAGACAGUCUUGCUUCCCGGGCGCGGAGCAGGGCCUGGCGUUUCCACAGCGACCGAGCACCAGGCUUCUGCAUAAGAAAAAUGAUUUCCAAAUGUAAGAUGUUUAUUGAUUAAAGCAUCAUGAAUUGGAUUUUUACUGCUUACAGUAAUCAAGUAGGUUUUUCCAGUUAGAUACCUAUACAAGAUAAGGAACAGGAGGAUAAUAUAUUUAAAAGUUAAUUACCGGUUUUAUCAAAAAACACUGUAAUGAAUUCAUUCUGUCUGAUUUUGUAAAAUGUAAUGGCCAAAAUGAAUUAUUGUAUUUUUCCUUGUACAUCCACAGGAUAAAAGUCAGAUGUUAUAUUCUAAAUUUUCAUUAAAUGUCCAUGUAGUCCUAAGUCGCCGUGACGUGUGUGCUCUGGCAGCUACUUUCCUCACAGUGUGCGUCUGGAAAACGCCCGUCACUGACGCCUGCGUGCUGGGGCAGCGCCGUCGUCUCAGACACGGAAUGAACGUCGUGGCGCUUCCCAGAGUCUAAAGCCAGGAAAUG